AUGGAGGCCAUUUCCAAAGGUUUCCCGAAGAAAACCGACCAGACGCCGUUUUUGUCCCCUCCUUCUUUGAAUCGGUUCCAGAAGAGGGUUUAGAUUUUUCAAAUUUUCAGAUUAAGAAUACUUUUUCAGGCGGAAUAUCAAGCAAAUCCUUGGAUCCAUCGCCAACUUCCCAAAUAUGGUCGCAUGUUCAAGGUGAUUACAAAGUGUAGAAUUUUGAGAUGAAAAUGUUUUUGUAUUCUUUUGUUUUCUGUAAAAAGUUAUCAAUAUAGGCAAAGUCGAAAAGGUUGGAAAAAGGCUCCAUAGAAAUGUUCCUUUUUUGGUGCCUUUUUGCACCAUUUUUGCUGCCUCUCCCUUUUUCCACCAUUUCUUGAACCUUUGAAAUCCCAGAAAAGGCUCGGUAAAGGGAACCUUUUUGCGGCCUUUCUGCAGCCUUUUUUUGAGCCCCUCCCUUUUAGCGGCCAUUCCGACUUUGCCCGAGAACAAAAAGAAAAGAAAGAUGUGUUAAAAAAAAGCCUUUUGAAAUAAAAUUUCCGGGAUUUUUUUUUAAAUUUCUAUGAACCUUACAUAAAAAUUUAAGAUUAUGUUUAGAAAUAUGAAUUUCGAUUUUAAAUGCUCUCAGAAAAACUCAUCCCAUCAUAAAGUUUUUUUCUGUAUCCCGAGUUUACGGGUUCCAGAAAGAGGAAUGUGAAAUAAAACUAUUAUCGAAUUUUUAAUAUUUUUUUGUUCAGUUUUUCCAAAAAAAAUCGGUAAGAAAUAUCAACAAUAUCAAAAAAAAAAAAUAAUUUUACUCAGAAUAAUCAAAAAUUCUGAUGAACGAACAGCACAGCUCCUAUGAAUUCAGCAAAAAAAGUUUAUUUUCGGAAAAAAAAGGAUAUUUUCCGUGUUUCUGAAAUCACCGGUGAUUAAACUAUGAACUUUUCAGGCCGAUUUCCGAGGCGAAGAACUGAAAUGGCCGGAAAAUGUGGCCCAGAAGAGCCCAGUCGAAGAGAAGACUUCCGGAAAGAAGAACAAAAAGGAGAAGAACAAGAAAACGAAAGGGAAGCCGGUGAAAGGAACUUCCCAAGAAUUCGCCCAACUGGACGUCGAUGGAAUGGACGGAAGGAGUGAUGAGGAUGACGUCAUCGACGUCACCGACAUGUUGCCUUCCGAUUUAGACGACGUCGAGGGAGAGGUUCAGGGAAAUAUAUGAAAAGGAGAAGAAGAAUGUUUUAGGUCCCAAUGGUAAACUCGAAGAGGAAGAAGAAGAAGGUGAUCAAGAAGAGUUUGAAGAAGAAAAGGGUAGAGGACGACGAGGAGAUGCCUUUGGUGGGUUUCGUGGUUUUUGUAUACUCGGGCAAAGUCGGAAUGGUGGAUAAUGGCCGCUAAAAGGGAGAGGCUCAAAAAAGGAAGCAAAAAGAGUCCCUUUAUCAAGCCUUCCAUUUUUUCUGGAUUUUCAGAUGUUUCAGAAAUGAUGGAAAAAAGGGAGAGACAGCAAAAAUGGUGCAUAAAAGCCGAUGAAAUGGCGCAAAAGGGGAGCCUUUCUCACCCUAAAAAAAUCAAUUUAAUGGAGCCUUUUUCCACCCUUUCCGACUUUUUUUCUUUUCUGUUUGCUCUAUGACACUUAAGAUGAAGAUUUUCAAGUUUUCCUAAUUUUUUCAACAGUUAUAAUUUUUUGUCGUAAAUGUUGAGACAUGGUAAAGCAGUUUAUUCGCUGGUACUACCAACGAGCCCACAUUAUUUCCCAACGCCAGCUGUCACUCCGGGACGUAUUGGACAGCGAUUGUGGACCGUAACCCGUGCCGACGACUAACUCUUCGAUUAUACCAUGAUUCAGCAGGGAUUUUCUUCAUCUUACUCUGAAGACUGAAUAAAUUGAAAUUAAAUUGAAAAUUGAAUGUUGAGCACUCUUAGGAAUCCUCCCAACGAGCGACGUCUUCCAAGCUGCCGAAAGAGGACGACGAAGACGAUGAAAGCGACUUUGAAGAAUCGGUCAGAAGACGUGAUCGGAAAGCUGGCGGGAAUGAUUCUGAAGAAGACGAAGAUGAAGAUGAAGCGGAGAGUGAACGCUUCAGGGAAGGUGGGCAAAUCAAAACUUCUUCGCAAAAAAACUUUUGACUGAUUAUUUGAAUUUGAAAAAAAUGCCUGAAAUUGUCUUCGUUGUCACCUUUUCAUGGUAAUUUUCUUGAUAAUGAUUUGGAAAAACGAGAAAAAAAUUUACCAAUUUUGAACCAUAUUGAAAUCCAUCUCCAUAAAACACCUGAAAAAUGCGACUAUAUUGGGGAUUCAAAGGAUCUAAAGAUUUUCUUGAUACCCGGCAAAAAUAUUCGGAAUCUAAAAAAUAUUCCGAAUUGAUUUCAAACCCUUAUUUGGAAUCGAUUCACAGAAGGGGGGCAGAAAAAGAGGCUCUGUUUUAUUUUAAUUUUAAACACGCAAAAGGUUUUAUUGAAUCAAAAAUAACUAUGAUAAAUGCCUUUAGAAUUUUGAAAGUGUUUUUUUUAAUCUAGUGCUUCGAAAAUCCCAACGAGAUUAUCAGUGGAAAUGUAUCUAAGAGAUCGAUUCAUUUUUGUUUUAGUUUCACAGUAAUUCGGGCGUACAGCUUUGUAACUGAUUCUUAAAUAUCGUUUCAUUUCGAAAAAAAUUUUUCCUUUCAAUUUUUAAUUUUUGAAAAAAAAGGAACUAAACUGUAGAAUUUUUUUUUCGAAACAAAUAAAAUACUGUUUCUUUCAAAAGCUUUUCACCUGUGAUAAUCUUAUUUUUACUUCUAGAAAUGUCGAAUCUUCCCCUGAACCAAGUGCGCGCGAUGAAAGACAAACUCGGCAUCAAACUCUUCAAUAAGACGUUUUUCGGCGUUUCCAAGGAGGAGGCUGAGAAGAAGAAGGCGGCUGAGAAUGUGGAGCAGGAGGUUUUCCACUUUUUUUUUAUUCUAGAGAUCACUCAACGUUAUAGGGAGCUUUCAAGUAGAAUUUUUCGCAUUUUUAAAAUUUUCAAGGCAAGAAACACAUCGAAUUGACUUAAAAAACCAGAGUGGCCCCUAUAGGGCAACCUUAGGGACCCAAGCAAUUUAAAAAGAGGAUUAUAAAAAAAUGUUUUAAUAACUUGCUGAUUGGGAGUUAAUUUGACUUUAGGGUUGGGGAUUUUCUGAAAAUUGAUCGUAGCUUUUAUUUAUGUGCCAGAUAAAGAUUCUGGAGGUUUUGAACUUUGAAAAGUCAUAAUUUACAAGGAAAAAUAAUUCAGAGAAAACAAUUGGAAAUCCUGAAAAUAAGUCUUUGAGCCCAGUCUUUUCAGAAAAAAAGAGCAUUUUUUGGAGGAAUUUCAAAAUUUUUUUAUCCACAAAAACAAAAACUAUUUUGCUUUUUUUGAACGUGUUUUAAAAACACCCUUGUUCGAACGAAAAUACAAAUUUCGCUUUUUUUGUUCGGGUUUUGAAGCCUCAGAAGGUCUUCAAUGUCUUCAGAAGAGAAUUUUUUUAUAUGAAUUUAGAAAUUCCUCAAAAAUUUGCUUUUUUUGCCAGUGGAAAUCAAGAAAAAUCGGCUCUCUGAAAAUUCAGUACGUUUUCGAAAUUCGCUUUUUUUCGCCGGUGAAGAUUUAAAAAAAUUCAUUUUUUCAAAAAUCCAAAAAAUUCCUGAAAAAUUGCCUUUUUUGUCAGUGAAAAUCAAGAAAAUCCAUUUUUUCAAAUUCAGAAAUGUCUUAGAAUUUGCUUUUUUUUUCCUUUGCAAAACGAGAAAAAUCACACAUUUUCCAGAAACUCGGUCAACACCGUCCAAAGGAAAUCUCCUCGAAACGGCCCGUUUCAGCUUUCCGCGAAAUUUAUGGCCAACAUGAGAUGAAGAAGAAAAAGUUAAUUCGAAAAACUGAUUUUGAUUGAAUAGUAAUUGAAUUUCAGGAAAUGGGAUCCGAGAUUCGACAGCCGGGCCGGCGAUUUCAAGGAGCAGUGUUUCGACGACAAUUACGGGUUCUUGAACGAAAUCCGAGGCGAGGAGAGAACGGUUCGAGGAGUUUUUUUGUUAGGGAAAUUGAUUAAAAAUCAGAGUUUUCUAUUAGUUUUCAGCUGAAGGUUUAGGAAAAAAAGUGUGGUGAAAUAUAGGAAAAUUCGAACUAAAGGGAAAAAAAUACUUUACCCCUUUAAAGAUCGAAAAAAAUUUUUUUUGAAGAUUUUUUUAAAAAAAUUCGAAAAAAAUUGUUACAAAUCAGGAUCGAAUUUCGUUACUUGCUGCUGAGAAUAACACAGAAAAAUUAUGUGAAAGUACGUGAUUCGCAUUUUUUUAAAGUUUUUGGUGCAGUUUUUUUGGAUUUUAAGUUCAAAAAUUCGAAAUAAUUUGAUCAAUUAUCUCAUCAUUUAUUGACGGUUUUUUUCGGAUAGAAAUUUUUCUUACAAAGUAUUCUUGAUGAGAAAGACGCGAAGAAAGAAAUGUCACUCAUUUAUUUUAUCUUCCAUCUAUAAAUUGCGGCGAAUUUUUUUGAAAUUUAUACCGUUCAGAAAUGAAAUUUCAUUAUUUUUUUACGUCUGUAGUCAUCAUUUGUUCAUUACGAUGAUUUCAUUUUUAUGCGGAAAUUAUGGUUUGUUCGCUUUUCUGUACCCUAUACUGUGAUAAAGAUUGCUUGGAAUUUAAAAAAUAAAAAAUGAAUGACGCAAGGAAACUUCAAAAAUGCUUUGUUUCGAUGUUUCUAACUGGAAAAAGUAACGCCAAAUGGUUUUUUUGAAGUCUUUUUCAAAAAAAUUAAAAGAAAGUAAAAUUUUUUUUUGAGAUUUUGAAGCAAAUUUCUACUGGAAAGUUAGCUUGCCUUUGAAAAAACUUUUUUUUUGUUUUUCAUUUUUUUGAAUUGAAUAAUUUUUCAACUCUGACGUGUCCUUGAAACUUCGAAAUUUUGAAAGAAAUCCAAAUCGGCCGAAUUGAAAAUUGAAAAUUCUUGGACUUCAAGUAGUUUUAAUGAUGCAGUAAAUUUAUCUAACGAAGUUUUUAUGGAAUUUAUUUCAGAAAGUUUCCAAAAAUUCCGCAUUUUUUGAAUAAUAGCCGUUUUUCUCAGGAACUGAUCGCGGAAAUGGAUCAAGCAACGGCGAACGGCGACUUGAAGCGAGCCGAACGGUUGAGAAAAGUAAAAAAUUCGGGAAAAUCUAAAAAAUUAUGCUUUUUGAGAUGAUGAUAGUGUUGGACAACAAAGACAAGGCCAAGGCGGAGAAGCGGAUGAAGGCCGAGACGAGAAAAAAGAACUGAGGGAGGAAAAAUAUCGAGAGGAUGUUGCGAGGGGAGAAGCCCGUCUACAAGACUAAAGGUUCGUUUGGGGGAAAUGAAAAAUUUUGUUCUGUAUAAAAAAAGUAUAAAAAUACUCACGAUAUGUCGAUUAAGAAAAUAAAAAUGGGGAGUUGGUAAAAUCCGUAAAAUUAGCUGCAGCCCUUGUAUGCAGACGUUUCGAAAAAUCGUCAUUUUUUAUCGACUUUUCACUGGAUGGAAGGAAAUUUUCCCCACAGUCACUAUCAACACAAAAAAUGCUCAAAAUGACAUAUUCUUCACGUUAAAGUUGGUCUGAACCGAUUUGCUCCACCAGGAAAAAAGUUAGCUUCACACGGUAUUUUCUCUACCGUAACCCUCAAAGUGGGCGGAGCCUUCAAAAAUCAGGUGUUAUAAGUUAAAGAGUUUUUUUGUAGUAUUUCUGAUAGAAAAAAACGAGAUUUUGAAAUUCUUGUACCAAGAUAUUUUUUUUAUGGUUCCUCUCCCCCUUUUUGAAAAAAAAAAGACUUUUUUUUCUUUUCGAUACAUUUUUCAGCCCCUUAUGAAGAAACUUUACCUAAAUAACUGGAAAAAUGUUUUCGCCACUGUUUUUUAAGGCUUCUUUCCAUAUGGAAAGUCAGGAAAUUGAAUUUUUCAGCUGAGGUCCGCAAGCUGGAGAUGAACAAGAAGUUCGAGCAGCUCAAAAAGACCAACAAGCUUGACAAGUACUUGGAGAGGUUUGAUUUUUUGAAAAACGCUUAUAGUUUGCUUUUUUUUCCAGGAAAGCCAAGCAAGCCGCCUCCAAAGAGCGGAAAAAGAAGCCUUCUUCAAAUUUUGAGCAAUUAUACGGUUAUCAAUGA